CGUAACCUAUUGUGGAAGGCGUAAGCGUUUUCUAUCUCUGAUUCUCUCUGUAGCUAUCCCGUGCUCACCUCCGGCGAUUGCCGCGGCGGCAACCCCAACUCGCCACCCCGUUUGUGACGCGGAUGCGGCGCCGCCAUAGGAUGACGCCGGAGACGGGAAGCAUCCUCCCGCCUCAUCUCCUCCGCGGGCUCCAGCCCCCUCGAGCAGCGAGCUGCCUGCGGGGGAGGAGCGGCAGCGUCGGCGGGGCAGUGGGGAGCUGCGGUGGAGGAGCGGCAGGAAGUGCAAGUCGCGACGCCGGAUUCAGGGGAACAGAGGUGCCGCGUGCCGCGGGCGGUGGCGGUGCGCGGCAUAGUGGCAGAAGGAAUGCCUAGCACCCGCCUGGUGCCGGCGGCAGGGGGAGCAAGGGGCGGUGGGGCUCUAGCACCCGCCGCCACAUCAAGCUCGGCGAGCUCCAGCUCCCUGGACAUGCCGCCGAUGUGCCGCUCUUUCACUGAAGAUGAAGUAGUAUGCUGUGUGGAGUACCACUUGGAGACAACUUCAGGCAGUAGAAAGACCAGGUUCUUAGGUGAAAUUUACAUUUACAUGCAAAGACGCUGGAAGUUGGUAUUACUAUACCUGAUUAAUCGCCGAAGUAAAAAAAAAAAUCAUCAUAGUUAAUAACUGGAUGCUGCAUAAAAGAACCUGAGUAAUUUUUCUGAUAGUAAAGAGAGAAUCAUGCAGAUCAGACCUGAGGAAACGUGAGGGAGAUCCCAUGGAUGGAUGGCUGAUCUGAUACCUAAAAUUGCACUGUAAAAUCCCUCUCAAAUAACUGUUGCUUCACGUAGUGGAGCUUGAAACCGUCAUUGUCCUCGCAACAUAUUUAGUAUAUUUUGCAAUGUAAUACUCCUUUCAGCGUGAACCUAAUUGAGAAAAAUAUAAAUGACAGGGAAAGGGAGAAUAUUUCUAAACACAAUGACUUGUUCGAGGUGAUAUUACUACAUUUUUGUUGCAAUGAAAUACUACAAAUAGAGCCACUAGUCACUAUCUAACUGAGUGCUGCUGUUGCCAUCCGAAUAAAGCCUGUACUGUCUUAACAUGCCUGGCCAAAAUGAGAGAUGAAUGGAGACAAGGAUGAACAUGUAGUAGAGGCAACUAGUAAGUCACUGACCUGUAUGCUCUUCCUGUUCGUAAUAAGAUAGAGUCUUACUCUAGCAUCCCAUUCACUUGAAGCUCUAAGAUAGAGUCUUACGCCCGUUAUUGAUUUUCUAGAAUCCUUAAAAACCUAACAGAAAAAAGUUACAAUGCUUUUAAGAUCUGGAGGCAAAAAAAUUCGAAAAAAAUGCAAAAAAUAAAUAAAUUAGCAAUGGCGCACUAGUGCAUGGUGCGCGACUGCUAUUUUCCCGCCUUCAAAAUUCAAAAAAAUACAAAAAUAAAAAAUAAGUUAGCAAUGGCGCACCUUAUGAAUAAUGCGCCACUACUAUUGUCCCGCCUUCACAAUUCAAAAAAAUAGCAAUGGCGCACCAGUGCAUGGUGCGCCACUGCUAAGUUGGGACAGAAGUUUAAAAGGGCCGGCCAGCCACUUACCCCUUCAUUCUUCUCCUCCUCUCCUCCACUCCAUCUCCUCCUCUCCUCCUCUCCGGCGACCUCCUCCUCCUCACGGUGCUCCUCCUCCGGUGACCUCCUCCUCACGGUGCUCCUCCUCCGGCGACCUCCUCCUCCCUCCUAUCCUCCUCACGGUGCUCCUCCUCCUCCUCCCUCCUCUCCUGAUCCUCACGGUCUCUCCUCCCUUCUCUCCUCCUCACGGUCUCUCCUCCCUCCUCCUCUACUUCCGGCCACAUGUGGAGCUCCCCCGGCACAAAGAACGUACGAGAUCCAGGUCAAGAACGAAAUUUGAAAAAAAUUUAAGCAAAAAAAAAGAGCAAAAAAACAAGCCAAAAAAAUGAGCCAGAUCUAGAUCCAGAUCCAAAUUCAAAAUUCAAAAAUAGCAAUGACGCACGGUGAGGGUUAGACGGUGCGCCACUACUAUUUUCCCGCCUUCAAAAUUAAAAAAAAAUAAAAAAAAGUUACCAGUGGCACCUGUAGCAAUAGUAAUGGCGCACUAUAAGGUGCGCCACUAUUACCUGCAAUACUAAUGGGGCACCAGAGGUGCGCCAUUAGUAUUUGUUACUAGUGGCGCACCUAUAGUGCAUCAUUAAUGGCAAAAAUAGAUGCGCCACUAACAGUCCUUUAUCUAGUAGUGAGCUCAGAACUGUAAUCUUCCACAGACAGGUAACAUUGUGACUUAGCCUUCUGUAACUAUAUUUCCCCGCUCAGAUGCGUUCACAUAGAUAGGAUGGCUCUAGUUUCAAGAGUGAGUAGUAUGCUGAAAUUGCAUUCUUGUUAAUGUGGAUUACUUCUCAAAUCUGAGAAACUGUAAAACCAAUCCUGAUUGCUGGCUGAUGAUGUUUAUAUAGUGAGUUGCAAAAGUGUUAGUUGUCAGUUCUUGUCUUUUUCAUAGCAUGACGCUUGCUUCCACGUUUUUCUAAUUUCAAAAUAAUCGUUGCUUGAUGGUGUGGAGAUUGAAACCGUCUCCAUGUUCCAUAUCUAUUUCUGUGGUUUCCAGGAUGAGUCAUUAGUACAUAUUUUGCUAUGUGACAUGCAUAUCCUUUCAUUGUGGACACAACCGUGAAACGUGUGCUUGAAGAAUGACCAAGACAGAAACGGGAACCUUUCUACUCUUAACAUUUUGGGAAAACAUUAUUAUAAGUUUUGCGGUUAUCUCACUGGAAAUGAGCCACUGUUCUCAUUACUCUUCAUGCAUGUUACAUAUGCUUACACAAUUAAAGAAUUUCUGCAGUAAAUAGUAUCCACAUAUCUGGAAGAUGCAUUACAUUGCAUGUGUAUCAUGUAAAGCAAGUAGACCAAAAUAAAUUUAUUUUCGAAUUUCCAUAGUCAAAAUAUAUUGGGUCAUGGUGAAACACUGAAAUGUGAUUAAGAAAUCAUAUGCAUGCAUGGGAAGCUGCUACCGAUUGGAUGCAAAGCUUAAUCAAGCUCUACAUAUUUCCUUGUUACACUGAAUGAAACCUGACAGGAUCAAGCUCCAAAGAUUGUUGAGCUAUUAUACUUCAGACCAUUUUUCAGAGUUCAUUUCCUUCUAUGGAAAAUGUUGUCAGAUUGUGUGACUAGUGCUGCUUCAGAAUUUUUUAGCAUUAUACUCACGUGGAAUUUGUAACUGAUUCUGACUUUUGAUUGUUAUGCUUUAUUUGGACUCAGAACUGAAUGCUCCACUGGAUCAGAUAGGUAACAUUGUGAGUAGGCCUUAUGCAACUGUAUAUUUUAUUGAUCAGAUGCGUUCACGUAGGCAGGAUAACUCUAGUUUCGACGGUGAGUAGUACACCGAGAUAGCAUUCUUUUAUAUAUGGGCUAAUACUUCUAAAAUAUGAGAAACUUAAAAACCAAUUCUGAUUGCUGAGUACUGACUGAUGUUGCAUAUAUAGUAAAGUUAUAUGAAGAUGAAAUUCUUGUGUCUCUGCAACCCACUGCGCACAGAAUUUUGUGCACACACCUGAGCAGUUACACUUGGCACAUGUUGAGCAUUAGCUUUGAUAGGCAUGAGUUGCAACAGUAUUUGUUGUCAGUUCAUGUAUCAUAUUUUUCCUUUUCAUAGUAUGAUGCUUGCUUCUAAGUUUCGAAAUAAUGGUUGCUUGAUGGAGUGGAGAUUGAAACCGCCUCCAUGUUCCUUAUAUAUUUCUGUGGUUUCCAAGAUGAGUCAUUAGUACAUAUUUGGCUAGCAAUAUGCAUAUCCCUUUUGUAGUGAACACAACCGUGAAAUGUGCGCUUGAAGAAUGAUCAAGACAGAUAUGGGAACCUUUCUACCCUUAACAUUCUGGGCAAACAUUAUUAGAGUGCAAGUUAUUCAGUUAUCUCACUGGAAGUGAACCACUGUUCUCAUUACUCUUCAGCUACACCACAUAUGCCCACACAAUUAAAGAAUUUCUGCAGUAAAUAGUAUGCAUAUAUAUAUAUAUAUAUAUAUAUAUAUAUAUAUAUAUAUAUAUAUAGGACAAAUUUUAUCUACCACCAGUGGUAGUUACCAUCACUUGCGUUUGGUAUGUUGUAUGUAGUAUCUGUCAAAAUCGAUAGUAUGUACGUGUAGUAUGUAGUAUAUAACAAUGUUUAGGUAGUAUAUAUACUUCUUUUUAGGUAGUAUGUAUCAUAUUUUAAGCAUACUCUUUUUUAUGUACAAAUAUAUACGUAUUUCAUAAAUAUAACAAAAAUUAUGGGCUCAUAUGCAAUUUUCCAUGUAAUUUGCGUUUAAAUAUCUUAGAUAUAAUAUAUGAACAUAUUUAGAAUGAUAAAGUAAUAUAUAUAAUAUCACAUGGUAGUAUAUGAGACAUGUGGGGUAACUACCACUAUGUGGUAGGAUGCAUUUUCCCUAUAUGUGUGUGUGUGUGUGUGUGUGUGUGUGUGUGUGUGUGUGUGUGAUGCCUCAUUAUUUUGCUAGUCAUGGUCAUGUAUCAUAUGGCAUGCCAUGAUUUAUUUGAAAUGUAUCUUCCCUACAGUCUCAGUAACCUCUGAGUGUCAAGCAGAGCAUCACUAUUUACUGGUCAUUUAUUUGUGUGAAUUCUAUAAAAUGGCUGGCUGGUAUAAUUAUAUCACUGCCCAUCGAACUCAAUUGAGUUAUACGAUUAUGUAAAUCCAAAUAUAUAUUUUUUGCUAUCUAAAUCUUUCUUGUCGGCCUUAAUUUCAUUAAGUCUUAAUUACACAUCAUUUGAGAAGAAAGUCAAUAUUAAAACCCACAAAAAAGUGCACAAUAAAAAGAAAGCAGCGGAGGAAACUAAGCUUGGCAGCCAGCGGCUAUAAAUACCUCACCACCUUGUUCGCACCAUCCAAAGGAACACAGAGUUCCAGCAGAGGAGUGCAAACCACAGCUCUGCCUCUUCUUCCCCCACCAUGGCUGCCAUGUCGUCUCCGAUCAUCGGUCUCCUCCUCCUCCUGCUCCCAAUCGCGCCGUCCUCCGCCAUCAAGUUCCCGCUCGGAGGCAAUGUCUACCCUGUUAGCCACUUCUAUGCUACGUUGAGCAUCGGUGAACCUGCGAAGCCCUACUUCCUGGACGUCGACACUGGCAGCAACCUCACCUGGCUGGAGUGCCACCACCCGGUCCACGGCUGCAAGGGCUGCCACCCGAGGCCACCACACCCAUAUUACAAGCCAGCAGCUGACAAGUUGAAGGUGCAAUGUGGUGGCCCGCUAUGUGCUGCGAUGCGCAGAGACGUGCCUGGGAUCCCUGACUGCUCCAGGAAAGAUCCACAUCGAUGCCACUACGAGAUUCAGUAUGUCACCGGGAAGUCAGAAGGUGACCUUGCCACUGACAUCAUUUCUGUCACUGGGAAAGACAAGAAAAACAUCGCUUUCGGAUGUGGAUACAAUCAGGAGGAAGCAGCAGACGCACCACCCUCGUCGGUAGAUGGCAUCCUUGGACUCGGGAGGGGAAAGGCAGGCUUUGCCGCGCAACUCAAGGGGCUAAAGAUGAUAACAGAGAACGUCAUUGUACAUUGCCUCAGCAGCAAAGGAAAGGGUGUCCUCUACGUCGGGGACUUCAAUCCGCCUUCCCGCGGCGUAACCUGGGCACCCAUGAGAGAAUCCUUGUUUUACUACUCACCUGGCCUAGCAGAGCUGUUCAUUGACAAACAGCCGAUAAGAGGGAAUCCAACAUUUGAGGCUGUAUUUGACAGUGGUACCACCUACACCUUGGUGCCUGCCCAGAUAUACAAUGAACUUGUUUCAAAGGUCAGAGGCACUCUCAGUGAAUCAUCACUUGUAGAGGUGAAGGGUCGCGCUCUGCCUCUAUGCUGGAAAGGGAAAAAGCCAUUCAGAUCUGUCAAUGAUGUGAAGAACCAAUUCAAGGCACUGUCACUAAAAAUUACCCACGCCCACGGCACCAGCUACCUGGACAUCCCUCCUCAAAACUACCUCAUCGUGAAGGAAGACGAGAAAACGUGCCUGGCUAUCCUCGACGCCUCGUCGGAUCCUGUUAUGAAGGAACUGAACUUUAUCUUGAUCGGAGCUGUUACGAUGCAGGAUCUGUUUGUGAUACAGUGCACAGUGUGACAAGGCGCACGAGCUUGAAUCCGUCAUCGAUUCGCGUCUCUGAACAAUGUUCAGAUCGACAUAGACAAAAAUCUUAACGAGAACAAAUGAGUGCUCUCGUAUAUACUAUGUUGUUAGGAAGGCUGUGUGAUAUGCCCCCGCUUAUAAUGAAUAAAAUGUUGGCAUACUGA